UGUACCAUAAAAUCACAACACAAAACCAUUUAGUAAAGCAAAAGAAAAUGGCAACCAAAGGAGUCUCAAUGGCUUCUUCAAUCACUGCACUUUUAGUAGUGUUCAUUUCUCUAAGUUGGCCAUUCUUUGCUGAGGCAGAUGGUUACUACAGUUACAAGUCACCACCACCUCCAACUCCAGUGUACACUUAUGCAUCACCACCACCUCCAACACCAAUAUACAAGUCUCCACCUCCACCUACCCCUGUUUAUAAAUAUAAAUCACCACCUCCUCCUACUCCAGUUUAUAAAUAUAAGUCACCACCACCACCUACUCCGGUAUACAAAUACAAAUCCCCACCACCACCCACUCCAGUUUACAAAUAUAAGUCACCACCACCUCCCACACCCGUCUACAAGUACAAAUCACCACCACCACCCACCCACGUGUACAAAUAUAAAUCUCCACCACCUCCUACUCCAGUCUACAAGUACAAGUCCCCACCACCUCCUACUCCAGUCUACAAGUAUAAGUCUCCACCACCACCAACCCCAGUGUACAAAUAUAAGUCUCCACCACCACCAACCCCAGUGUACAAGUACAAGUCACCACCACCACCAACCCCAUCCCCACCUCCUCCUACCCCAGUUUACAAAUACAAGUCCCCACCACCACCACCCACCCCAGUGUAUAAGUACAAAUCUCCACCACCAACCCCAGUUUACAAGUAUAAAUCGCCACCUCCUCCCACCCCAGUGUACAAGUACAAGUCACCACUACCACCAACCCCAUCCCCUCCUCCUCCUACCCCAGUCUACAAAUACAAGUCACCACCACCACCCACUCCCGUGUACAAGUACGAAUCCCCGCCUCCUCCCACUCCGGUAUACAAGUACAAGUCACCACCACCACCAACACCAUCCCCACCUCCUCCAACUCCAGUUUACAAAUACAAAUCUCCACCACCACCCACCCCUGUCUACAAGUACAAAUCUCCUCCCCCGCCUACCCCAGUUUACAAGUACAAAUCACCACCACCACCAACUCCAAUUUACAAAUACAAAUCACCACCACCACCAACUCCUGUCUACCUAUACACCUCACCUCCACCUCCUCAUUACUAAUGAGUUAUUUAUCCCAGGUUUUUCAUUUUUAUUUGGUCCAAAAUAUUCCCGCCAAUAAGUAAUAAAGCAACUUCACUGAAGGCUAAAUAAUGGAUUAUGGACAUUGUACUAGUUGUCUUUCGUUUCCUUUGUUAGUAGUUAUUGCAUGUUAUGGAACGUCGAUUGCCUUUCUUCUCAAGUGAAUCGACGUAAUUUCCAUAUUUACUUUUUGAAUAAUUUUAUUUUCUGUGAACUUUUGUUU